CGACCGACGGGCAACUUGUUCGCUGGCUAAAUCUAACAGCAGUAAAUCCCUUUAGCUGCGAAGUGACAUGGCUUGACUGACGGCAACUUUCAGGAAAUACAACAGGUGGACGAGCCGACGCACAAUGACUGGAGGAAUGCCGUCAGGCGGCGCCAUGGACGACACCAAGCUGAAUGACUCCAAUGUUAAAGUUGCCGUUCGUGUGCGACCGAUGAACAGAAGAGAAAAAGACCUCAAGGCAAAAUGUGUGGUAGAAAUGGAAGGGAGCCAGACAAUAUUGAACCCUGCCAUGACAACUUUGAGCAAAGGAGACCCACGGAAUCAACCAAAGGUUUUUGCCUAUGAUCACUGUUUCUGGUCCAUGGAUGAAUCUCAGAAAGACAAGUUUGCAGGUCAAGAAGUAGUGUUCCAAUGCCUUGGGGAGAGUUUGCUAGACAAUGCCUUCAUGGGAUACAAUGCCUGCAUCUUUGCUUAUGGGCAGACAGGCUCUGGAAAGUCGUACACCAUGAUGGGUUCUGCAGAACAGCCUGGUCUCAUCCCUCGCCUCUGCAGCUCCCUGUUCUCCAGGACCGUGCAGGAGGCUCGAGAGGGAGAAAGCUUCACUGUGGAAGUUUCCUACAUGGAGAUUUACAAUGAGAAGGUCCGGGACCUGCUGGACCCGAAAGGAAGCCGGCAAACGCUGAGAGUGAGGGAGCACAAAGUCUUGGGGCCUUAUGUUGAUGGGCUGUCUCGUCUGGCUGUGGCUAACUACAAGGACAUUGAGUCUCUGAUGUCGGAGGGAAAUAAAUCUCGCACAGUGGCCGCCACGAACAUGAAUGAAGAGAGCAGCCGAUCGCACGCUGUGUUUAACAUCACCCUCACACACACACUAAUGGACCUGCAGUCAGGGACAAGCGGAGAGAAGGUGAGCAAACUGAGUCUCGUGGACCUGGCAGGAAGUGAGCGUGCAGCCAAGACUGGGGCAGCUGGUGAAAGACUGAAAGAAGGCAGCAACAUCAACAAAUCUCUAAGCACAUUAGGUUUGGUUAUCUCAGCAUUGGCUGACCAGGGUGCAGGGAAGAACAGGAGCAAAUUUGUUCCUUAUAGGGACUCCGUGCUGACCUGGCUGCUCAAGGACAGUUUGGGGGGUAACAGCCGCACUGCCAUGGUGGCUACCAUCAGCCCAGCCGCAGACAAUUACGACGAGACGCUGUCCACCCUGCGUUACGCCGACCGUGCCAAAAGCAUCGUCAACCACGCUGUGGUGAACGAAGACCCCAACGCCAGAAUCAUCAGAGAGCUGCGAGAGGAAGUGGAGAAGCUGAGGGAGCAGCUCACAGAGGCUGAGUCGAUGAAGGCCCCUGAGCUGAAGGAGCGACUAGAGGAGUCAGAGAAACUGAUCCAAGAGAUGACUGUGACAUGGGAGGAGAAACUCAGGAAGACUGAGGCUAUUGCGCAGGAGCGACAGAAGCAGCUGGAAAGUUUGGGCAUUUCCCUGCAGUCGUCUGGCAUCAGAGUAGUGGAUGACAAGUGCUUCCUGGUCAACUUGAAUGCUGACCCUGCCCUCAAUGAGCUGCUGGUCUACUACCUGAAGGAGCACACACGUGUGGGCUCAGCCAAAUCACAGGACAUCCAACUUUGUGGGAUGGCCAUCCAAGACGAGCACUGCGUCAUUGAUAUCACGCUCAACAAUGGUGUGGUGCUCACACCCCACUGCAACGCUCGAACGUGGGUGAAUGGUGCUGCCGUCACCAACCCGGUGCAGCUUCAUCACGGCGAUCGCAUCUUAUGGGGGAACAACCACUUCUUCAGGAUCAACCUGCCUAAGCAUUUAGUCCAUACGGGGGGUGAGGAGGAGGAGGGCGGGGCUAGAAUGAAGACCUGCCUAAGUACGGACCAGCUGGAAGUGGACGUUGAUACAUCUAGUGAUGUCUCUAGUGAAGUGGGCUUUGAGUUUGCUCAGGCUGAAGUCAUGAUGAAAGGAAUGGCCAGCAAUGAUCCCUUGCAGUCAGUAUUGCAGACCCUGGAGAGGCAGCAUGAGGAGGAGAAACGAUGUGCCUUGGAGCGCCAGAGGCUGAUGUACGAACAGGAGCUGCAUCAGCUUCGCCUGCGGCUCAACCCUGAGAGAUCUUCUUCUCAUCUCCUGGACGUGUCAGGGUCACCGCCUAACGCCGCUCACGUCACUGGGACAUCACCAGGUUCCCACAAACGCAUGCGGCGAUGGAGUGAAGACAGAGAGGCAAUGAUUACUCGAAGCCUUCGGCGUCUGAAGGAGCAGAUAGUUCGGGCCAACCUGUUGGCUCAGGAGGCCUGUUUUAUUACAGAGGAGCUCAACAAGAGGACAGAGUACAUGGUCACUUUGCAGAUACCAGCUGCCAAUCUGGAUGCCAACAGGAAGCGUGACAUGGUGCUGAGCGAGCCCGCCAUUCAAGUGCGCCGCAAAGGGAAAGGGAAGCAGAUCUGGGCGAUGGAGAAGAUGGAGAAUCGGCUGGUGGACAUGAGGGAGCUCUAUCAGGAGUGGAAGGACUUUGAUGAAGACAAUGCUGUCAUGCGGUCUUAUUUCAAAAGGGCUGACCCUUUUUUUGACGAGCAAGAGAACCACAGUCUGAUUGGUGUGGCCAAUGUUUUCCUGGCAUGUCUGUUCUAUGACGUCAAACUGCAGUAUGCCGUUCCCAUCAUCAACCAGAAGGGAGAGGUGGCGGGUCGGCUUCAUGUGGAGGUGUGGCGAGGAACCGAAGGCUCAGACAAGGAAGGUUCCCAGCAGAGUAUCACAGAUGGAGAUCCACAGGAGCGUAAACUGAACUGUAUGGUGAAAAUUCUCCAGGCCACUGGUCUUCCUCGUCACCUGUCUAACUUCGUCUUCUGCCAGUAUCAUUUUUGGGGUCAGAAGGAGCCAAUAUUCAUUGCUCCGGAAAUGGCAUCGUCCACCUCGCCAACUGCCUCCAGGGACCCUCAGUGCACAGUUGUUUUUGAUAGCUCCAAGGAUUUGUCGGUGCCUGUUUCGGAGGACUUUCUGGAAUAUUUGUCUGAGGGUGCGGUGGCUAUUGAGGUGUACGGUCACAAGCAGGCCAACCAUCGGCGUAACCUCGCGCUGUGGGACCUGGGUGUAAUUCAGGCCAAGACCCGUUCACUAAGAGAGAGGUGGAGUGAGGUGACUCGACGACUGGAGUUGUGGGUGCAGCUGAUGGAGCUGAACGACGCAGGACAGUUUAUACCCGUAGAAGUUCUUCCUGCUAAGGACGUACGCACUGGUGGAGUGUUUCAGCUAAGACAAGGUCAGUCCCGUCGGGUUCAGGUGGGGGUGUGCUCCGUGCCAGACUCUGGCACGAUGCCCCUUAUCUCCAGCUCCAUCCUUUCCGUGGCCAUUGGAGACGUUAAGGUCCAAAACACACCAAAAGGCAGGGACUCACAGUUGGCUGUGGCUGAAGAAAUGGACAGUUACCAAGAAGUCGAUUUGGAGAGGAUGAGGAAACAGUGGCUGGCCACUCUCACGCAGAGACAGGAGUAUCUGGACCAGCAGUUACAGAAAAUAGUGUCCAAACCAGAUAAGUCUGAGGAUGAUUUGGAGCGGGAGUCCCAGCUGCUGGAGUGUCGACUGACGCUCACUGAAGAGCGCAAUGCUGUUUUGGUGCCGUCAGCAGGCAGUGGCAUUCCUGGAGCACCAGUUGAAAGAGUUCCUGUACCUGGAAUGGAAACACACAUUCCUGUCCUGUUCCUGGAUCUUAGUGCGGAUGAUUUCCAGUCCAGCCUUUCAGCGCCUCUCGGCGGGGGGUUAGAUGCAUACCUUGGCGAGGAAUACGAAGACGAUUUCUUUGACCUUCACAUUGUCAAACAUUAUGAUUCAGAGGUGAAGGUGGAGGCAUCCUGGGACUCAACAGUUCACGAGUGCCCCCAGCUAAGUCGCGUGGCGUCCGCUGAGCAGAGAGUCUACCUGACGAUCCGCGUUGUGCUUGAGUUAAGCCACCCUGCCCACAUGCAGCUGGUCCUCAGGAAACGCAUCUGCGUUAAUGUCGCUGGGAGACAGGGUUUUGCCCAGAGUUUGCUAAAGAGGAUGUCCCAGCGCAGCCCCAUCCCAGCAUGUGGCGUCACCUUUGAAAUAGUCUCAAACAUACCAGGGGAUUAUCACGGUCCCGAGGACAGGGAGAUGCUGGCCCGAUUGGCUGCCAGCACGGACGACGACCAGUCAGCCGACAGCGAGGCAGCCAUCGAGAAAUACCUACGCAGUGUCCUGGCUGUGGAGAACAUCCUCACUCUGGACAGACUGCGACAGGAAGUAGCAGUCAGGGAACACCUAGCGGUGAAAGGAAAAGCUCCCAGACGCUGCCUCAGCUCGCCGAAUGUCAACCGGGGCUGGGAGAGUCACCAGGACCUCUCUGCUGCUCCUCCUCAGUCCAGACGCACAAUGCCCACCUCCAUAUCUCAUAUCGAGAACCAAGAAACAGACACAUUUUUAGGCUCUGCUGUAUCUUAUCUUCCUCCAGUGAAGGCCAUGCCCAAGCUCCUGAAGGCGCUGCUUCCUGGUAGCAAAGAAGAUAUAGGAGACCAGGUGACUGUCCAUCAGCAGAAAGUGCCUCAUAUCAUGGUGCAAUCAGCCAGUGUUGAAGAAGGGAUAAGUGCAUGCCUUUCGGGUCCUAUAAAUGAAUACAACCCUCCAGACAUCCCAACAGAGAGUCCCAAAGCUUUGCCUUUUCCUUCACCAAUCAUCUCCGAGACAGAAGACUCCACUUGGAGCUCAGCGAGCAAAGCAUCGAGUGGUUACAUUUCCACCAGCAUCUCCACAACGACGCUGUCGGAUGUCUACACGCUGAGCUGGGACCUCCCUCCGCUGUCUGGCCACGGCAUGACGGAUGAAGAAGAAAAAGUGGCGGAGGGAUUCCCUGACAGUAAUGUUGGAUCAGAACCUCAGGAGUCUCUGCAGGCAGCUGUGAAGAACUCAGAACUAAACGAUGAUUCCAAUCAGAAUCACCAAAAACCAAAUCCAUCCCCAUUAGUGCAGGAAGUAGAGGAACCAGAUCCAUUUGUAGAGUCCAAGUGUCGGACCAAGCCAGCACCAUUGGCGACUGACUCUGUGGAAUCGAAACAAUUCCGGCUGGAGAACCAAACCAAACCGAAAGAGCCACCAGAAACAGACUCUAAACCAAAGACCGCCAUCACAGAAAGUGUUCAGGUGGAUGUGAAGGAAUCCACGAAACCACGCGUGUUGGAGAGCAACAAAGAGGCCGAGCAAGAUCACGCUCCAGUCUCAACCCACAUUUCCAAUGCACUUCCCUCUCGGUCAUUGAAGGAUUCUGAUCCACUCUCCUCAUCCCAGGAACAACCCCCUGCCAAAGCCUCACACUCCAAUGGUACCGCCAUCCCAGAUUCGUCUUCAUCCACUGAGGAGGUCCACCUAGAAGCACCGGCCGACACAUCUGCGGCAAAAACUCCCGCAUCUGCGGUCAACACCUUCAAGAUCCAAAAAGUCCAGUCAUCAGACCUCAAGUCCUUCCGGCGUAUCCUCGGUGAGCCUGGUCAGACGGAGCAGGCCGGCAGUUCUGAGAAAUCAGAACCCAACCUAUCCGAGCCGUUGGAGCUCAUCUUGGACUGCGAGGAAGGAGAAGCAGCUGCUGCAGCCACUCUGCCUGACUGGUUGAAAGAAGGCGAAUUUGUGACGGUUGGCGCCAAUAAAAGCGGCACCGUGCGCUACGUGGGACCCACAGAUUUUGCACAGGGCACGUGGGUGGGAGUGGAACUGGAGGUACCUGCAGGAAAGAAUGAUGGUUCCGUAGGCGGCAAGCACUACUUCCACUGCAACCCUGGCUACGGAGUACUCGUCCGGCCAGACCGCGUGAGCCGCGGCGGGGCCAAACGCCGUCGCCAGCAGCAGAAGCGUCGCAGCGCCAACUUGUCUGGAUCCACCUCCAACUUGGCGGCCCUCACGGCUCUAGCCAAAGGUGAGGGUGCAUCAUCAUCAUCAUCAUCAGCUUGCAACAGUGGAGAGGACCGCAAGUGCUGAGAGGGUUGGACUUGGCUAAUUCAAAACGUAGCGGCUACUGCAUGUGAGCAAUGAGGUAAGCGUUGCAGGUGUGGAGGCGUCAUCUAGCUUAACUAUUUCUACAUCUGUAGACAGACCUUAUCCUUUCUCCUUGUAGGGUUUCACUUUCACUUCACGCUGGAUGUGUUCGUCCAGUGACGGUCGUAAAACUAACGCUUUUUAAUUGUGUUAUUAUUAUUAUUAUGGUAGAUUUUAUGAAAGUUUACCACUCCAUGUUUUUCUAAGUUACUUUCAUGUGUUUUUCUGUGUGUGCCUUAACGUGACACUCGUGGAGCGCUCCCAAGGAACUGUGCACAAAGCACUUUUUAUAUCGUCUAGUAACACAUUUUCUCACAAAUGACAUUU